CCGCGCCCCAGAGAAGUCCUUAAUAGGGCAGGCCGGGACCAAGAUGGCGGCGGUCAGGAUCAAAGGGAAAGGAAGCGGCGCAGAUCUCCUGCCAAACGAAGAGCUGCUCCAGAUGUGAGGAUAAGUGAGGGCAAGAAGCCCAAUUGACAUGCACUCCUCUAUCGCAUCUGAAGGGGAGCAUUUGCACCUCCCCAGAUAAAGUUUUGCACCGGAGGAUCGCCCUGGCUGCCAAUUAGACUUCCCGUGGUGUAUUAUUUGCUCUUGGUUUCCAGGUCAUGGUUCGGAAAGGGGUGUGUUGUUGCUGUGCCGCCUUGCGUCCUCGCUACAAACGUCUCGUGGAUAACAUCUUCCCCGAAGACCCCAAAGAUGGACUUGUAAAAGCAGAUAUGGAGAAACUAACCUUCUAUGCUGUUUCUGCACCCGAGAAGAUUGAUCGAAUUGGUGCUUACCUAGCAGAGCGACUGAGCCGAGACGUUGUCAGACAUCGUUAUGGAUAUGUUUUAAUUGCCAUGGAGGCCCUGGACCAGCUUUUGAUGGCGUGUCGUUCUCAGAGCAUCAAACCGUUUGUCGAAAGCUUCCUCCAUAUGGUAGCUAAGCUGCUGGAGUCUGGGGAACCAAAGCUGCAAGUUUUGGGAACAAAUUCAUUUGUUAAAUUUGCAAACAUUGAGGAAGAUACACCUUCGUACCACAGGAGAUACGACUUCUUUGUUUCUCGAUUCAGUGCCAUGUGCCAUUCUUACCAUGAGGAUCCUGAAAUACAAACCGAGAUCCGACUUGCUGGCAUUCGGGGCAUUCAGGGAGUGGUCCGCAAGACAGUUAAUGACGAACUCCAGGCCACCAUAUGGGAGCCCCAGCACAUGGAUAAGAUUGUUCCCUCCUUGCUCUUUAAUAUGCACAGGGUCGAAGAUGCUGACAGUCGAAUCUGUCCGCCUUCGUCCCCCUCUGGAGGUGAAAAAGAGGAAAACCCAUCCAUGUUGGCUGAGAAUUGUUUCAGAGAAUUGCUAGGCCGAGCAACCUAUGGCAACAUGAACCAUGCCGUUCGACCAGUUUUUGCGCAUUUGGACCAUCACAGGCUUUGGGACCCCAAUGAAUUUGCUGUCUCCUGUUUCAAAAUCAUCAUGUAUUCCAUUCAGGCACAGUAUUCACAUCACGUGAUACAGGAAAUCCUGGGGCACCUGGAUGCCCGCAAAAGAGACUUCCCACGGGUCCGAGCAGGUAUCAUUCAGGCCCUUUUGCAAGCUGUUGCCAUUGCUGCAAAAGGUUCCAUCGGUCCAACAGUCCUGGAGGUAUUUAACACCUUACUGAAGCAUCUGCGUUUUAGCGUUGAUUUUGAACUGAGUGACCGGCGUAGCUCAGUGAGCAGCGCCAGUUUUGCCACAAGCACCAAGGAAAAUGAUGAGAGAAUCGUCCAGAAUGCUAUUAUUCAAACAAUUGGGUUCUUUGGAAGCAACCUGCCAGACUACCAUCGGUCAGAGAUUAUGCUGUUCAUUAUGGGGAAAGUACCUGUUCUGGGAGCAACUUCACAUACACUGGACAUCAGUCAGCUUGGAGAUUUGGGGACCAGGCGGAUCCAGAUUAUGCUGCUGCGGUCACUUCUGAUGGUCACCACGGGGUACAGUGCCAAGACGAUUGCAGCUGCUCUGCCUGCUCCUUUUCUGGACCCAUUGCUGUCUCCUUCACUCAUGGAUGACUCCGAACUCAGGCAACUCGUCCUGGAAAUACUGCACAACGUUGUGGAUCGACAUGACAACCGGGCAAAGCUCAGAGGGAUAAGAAUAAUACCUGAUGUUUCUGAUCUAAAGAUAAAGCGAGACAAAAUUUCAAGGCAAGACACAAGCUUCAUGAAAAAGCAUGGACAACAGCUGUACAGACAUGUCUACUUAGGAUGCAAGGAGGAAGACAAUGUCCAAAAGAACUUUGAACUGCUCUACACAACUCUGGCUCUCAUCACCAUUGAACUAGCCAAUGAAGAAGAGGUCAUUGACCUCAUCAGAGUGGCUAUUGCAUUACAGGACAUUGCGAUCCUUAAUGAGGACAACUUGCCAAUGUUCCAUCGUUGCAGCAUAAUGGCAGUGGUGGCUGCUUAUCUCAACUUCCUGAGCCAAAUGAUUGCUGUUCCUGCCUUUUGCCAACACGUCAGUAAGGUCAUUGAAACCAGAAAUAUAGAAGCACCCUAUUUUCUGCCUGAAACCAUUUUCAGAGAGAAGUGCAACCUACCCAAGUCACUGGAGAAGGAUGAAACAAGCUUAUUUUUCCUAACCAACAAGAUCGCAGAAUCACUGGGUGGCAGUGGAUACUGUGUAGAGAGACUGUCGGUGCCGUACGUACCCCUCGUGACAGAUGAAGACAGACUCUCCAGGAGGAAGAGCAUCGUGGACACCUUAUCAAUCCAGGUAGACAUUCUGCCUGGCUGCAGUCUGGAAGAAAAGGCGAACAGCACUGAAGAAAUCACCUUUGAAACGUUGAAGCAGGCGAUAGACAACAAUGGGCUUGAGGAGCAAGAGAAGGAAAAGAGGCGGCUUGUCAUUGAAAAGUUCCAGAAGGCCCCUUUUGAAGAAAUAGCUGCACAGUGUGAAACCAAAGCCAACCUGCUUCACGACAGGCUGACACAAAUAUUGGAGCGCACCAUCCGGCCUCCUCCAAGCCCCUCUGGAACAAUGGCCAUUUCUGCUGGACGCACUCAUUACCAGUCUGUCCCAGUCUACGAGAUGAAGUUUCCAGAUCUUUGUGUGUAUUAAGUCUCCUCUGACGUCACCGAAAAGACAAGUUCCAAGAUAUGUAUUUCACGUAACGUAAUGGUGUGUCUGCCCAGAGAAGAUAACAUUUUGUUUUAAAUUAUGUGCCCCCGCAGGCCAAAAUGAUUUCUUUAAAACAAUUACCGUCUGGAAGCAAAUAGGUUCUUUUGUUCAUUUUAAUUUUAGUCCUUUUUGUUAAUUUUAGAUUUUAGUUUACAAGUUUAUUUUUGUACCAUGAGUUUUUGUUACACGUUUAAUAUUUAUAUUUUUCAAAAACAUACUUUUCCUCCUUCUUGAUAUAUUUAUAGCACUGGUGGCUCUUUGUUCACAUACGUAGAUUCUUUGUGUGGAAUAGAACUCCUGUUCACAAAUAGAAGAUGCGAGUUUUACCUUGUGGCCUUAAGGCCAAAACUGCACUGGGGCUUAUAAAUAUAAAUCACUUUGAAAAGCCAUGAUAUAAAUGCCACGAUUUCUCCCAAAGGUUCCUGGAAGAAGUAUAGUGUUGUAAGAACAAUUAGAAUUCUUAGUUAGCCUUUUUUCACAGAUCUCUAGUUCUCAAGUUUCCUUGCUUGCAAGAAGCGAAGGCGGUUAAAUAGGUCUGAAACACUUUCAGAUUUCUACACUCUGCGGCAGUAGGAUGAAAUUCAUAAUGCACAAAAUUGAGUUUGCACCUGUUUCUCCAGGCUAGAGCCAAAGCUAUGAAUCCGGUAUCUUUAAAUAUUCCCGAUGAUAUGGUUUGGAGGGAAGAGGAAGGAGAGCUUGACUCAGUUCAUCUCCCCCUACCUACCCCAAACUAAUAUUUGGCAAAAUUGAAAACUGACUGCUUUAGCUCCUGGACUAGAGAAACACAUGUGCAACUCCUCAUAUGCAUCUCUUGGAUUAGGGUCACAGUGCAGUCGCUAACUUUGUAUCGCUGUUUGUUAUAUAUUACCUUAGCAUGCUCAAGAAGCAGACUUUCUCCUUUUCAGUGGCAGCCCUUCACAAUAACGUCUGGAGCCGAUUGAAGUGUGUGUGUUUUAAUGCAAAAGAUUUACAGACUUUCCUGCCAGGAGCCCAAGGUGGUGAUGUAGAGUCAUCAUGCAGAUGACUCCCUCUCCUGGCUAUGAGAGAGGCAGCUCAGUCCAUGCGGAAGUGUGCUUUUUCCUGCCGUUGCUGGCCAUUGGAGGACUCCGCUCGCAUUUGUGGCGCUGCACCGCUGGCUUGCGGCGAGAGUGUCUGGCUUGAGAGGCGAGGAGCUUCCUUUGGGAGCCCGGAAGUGUGCAAUUUAUUUUCCUGUCUCAAGGAAUAUAGUUUCAUACAGAUCGUGGUUUUUAAAAUGCGCAGAGUAUUUUGUUAACGUCGGGUUGAGAACAUUAAAGGGAAAGCAGGUUCUAUAUUUGAUACGGCAAGAAAUGAGUGAAGGUAUUGUAAAAGAAUUGAUGUUUGAUCCAUGCUGAACUGUAAUACUGGGAAAGUUAUAGUGUGGGAUUCCCACCCACCCUCCCCCCGCCAUAUUGUUGAGUGUUUAACAAACUUAUGUGGUUGGUUAAGUAUUUGUAUAGCUUAGAGUGCUGUUGCCCAGUUAAAGCACAUUCCGAACCCCUCCGAUUUUAUGUGUUUUGUAGGAUUUAAUGGUUACAAUUAAAUUUCAUAGGGCCAUGCCUUUGAUAUAAACACAUUAUCUAGAGUCCAAGUUAGGACAUAAUUUUUCACUUAAGCUGUAAUACAAAGUAUUGUCUCUUGCUUAAAACUGGAUAAAUAGGGGUAGUUGUCACCCUUGUGUGAUGCGGUAGCUGAAACAGAGGAGCACACAUGGAGCCCAGAGAUCUCACUUGCUAGAUUGGAAGCCUAAUGGUCAGGGAUCCAAAGAGGCCCGGGCCUGCAGCUCAAGCAGAGGUCCCCAACCUUGGCUCCAGGGAUGUCUCUAAUUUGUUUCAUCUGUGUGCAGAAUGAGUUUUGUUCUGGGCUUGCAGUAUCACAGCAAUGUGUGUGCACGUGUGCAUUCAGAGUGGGGCCUUCCUGAUUCAGCCCGAGUGGGAUCUAAAAUUAAUUGAGUGGACAUUAAAAAAAAAUUGUGCGCACACCUUAAAGGGAAGACUGCUUGGUUCCCCAGGUGUUGUUGGACUACAACUCCCAUCAUCCCCAGCCACGAUGGCAGAAAGCCCAGAGGGUGAUGGGGGUUAAGCCCCCACAGGUUGUUGGACUUCAGCUCCCAUAAUCCCCAGAUCAGGUCAUUGUGGCCGGGGAUUAUGGGAGUUGAAGUCCAACAACAUCUGGAGGGGGGGGCAAGUUUGAGAACCCCUGCCAUAGAAUAAUGUUCAAGAUGUGUCUCUGUGCACCUUCUCUACAAUACACUUGUCCCAGUUAAUGAAUGGCGCAACAAUCUGCUCAUGCACCUUUGCAUUUUCACUAUUGUUACCCGGUAUUCUCUUGAUCACAUGCAUAAUUGGCACUUCUUAUCACCAUAGGUCUAGGGUCCCCUCCACUCUCCACACACACAUAAAUACUUCUCUUUUUAUAAGGUAAGCUGGUAGAGCUGGGCCUACACGAAUUUAUCUCUGUAAAUGCAGUACACAAAGACAUAGUCAGUGUGGCAUGCACAAUUGCUUCCAUGUGCUCUUGGAUGAGGAGGGGUAUUCCAUGUGUGUGAGAGAGAACUGAGAUCUGGAAUUAAGAUCUGAAUGGCAGCUCCCAUUCUUUUCUGAGAGCUCUCCGCCUCCUCCUCCCCUCCUCCUGCCCCCUUGAUCUUUGCAACAACAUGACCACCAAUCAGGAGUGUGCGUGCCUCUCCUACCCUGGCUGGACACUCCUCUGACCCUGUUUAGGGUUGUGAGAACAGCCCUCGUUCCUUUCUUGGUAUCUAGCCAAAGUCAGGCAGCCCAAUUUAGCAAAUGCAAAUUUAGUGUGGAAACACUACCCCUCGCACAGCAGUCUGUGCACACAUUUGAGCAUUAGGAAUUGUGGGUGCAGCCAUAUGCGCUUAUUAGUCUGUUGUUGCCCCUGCAGUCCUCUGGGCUGGGGUCUGGAUGCAUUUCAGCUUUUCUUUCAUUCAUUUCUGUAACAUCCUGACUCUCGGAAAAAUUGCUGUAACGUAACCUGACCAGUUCAGUAUUUCCCAUGCUUCAAAAUCGUCCACAGUAAAAGUUUGGUUUUAGUAUGUUAAUUUUACACUCAUGUUUCUGUGGCUUUACCUAACGAACAAUUGUUCACGAAAUGUAAGAACAUGCUGUGUGUCGUCUAUAAAUAUGCAAAUAAAGGGAAAAAAGAGAAGAUAAA